CUCCAAAGUGCGACGAGUCUACAGAUGUGGGGUGUCCAGACUAUCGCGCCCCGCCACCCCCGGCGCAGCUAGUACUGAACCGGUUUGUUCUAAGUCCCGGUUGCCAAUAAAGUUCAUUUAAAAAAAAAAAAAUCACAGUCAUUCUUAAAAGAGCAAAAGACGGCGCCAGCCAGCCGGGCGGUCCCGCUGGGGCAGCUGGUCCGCUGGGAGCCGGAGGAGGAGGCGGCGGCGGCGGUUGCGCCGCGACCAGAAGGCGCGGGGCAGCCGGGCAGCGGGGCGGCGGCUGGCGCGGGAAGAUUUUAGAAAGAAGAUCUGAUCACCUUGAAUUAAAAUUGGUACAGAAACCUUUUCAACACCAAAAAUGUUGGAAGAAGAUAUGGAAGUGGCCAUCAAGAUGGUGGUUGUAGGGAAUGGAGCAGUUGGAAAAUCAAGUAUGAUUCAGCGGUAUUGUAAAGGCAUUUUUACAAAAGACUAUAAGAAAACCAUUGGAGUUGAUUUUUUGGAGCGACAAAUCCAAGUUAAUGAUGAAGAUGUCAGACUAAUGUUAUGGGAUACAGCUGGCCAAGAGGAAUUUGAUGCAAUAACAAAGGCCUACUACCGAGGAGCCCAGGCUUGUGUGCUUGUAUUUUCUACCACAGACAGGGAAUCCUUUGAAGCAAUUUCCAUCUGGAGAGAGAAAGUAGUAGCUGAAGUUGGAGAUAUACCGACCGUACUUGUGCAGAACAAGAUUGAUCUCUUGGAUGAUUCUUGUAUAAAAAAUGAGGAGGCGGAGGCACUGGCAAAAAAGUUAAAGCUAAGAUUCUACAGAACAUCAGUAAAAGAAGAUCUAAAUGUGAAUGAAGUUUUUAAAUAUUUGGCUGAAAAAUAUCUUCAAAAACUCAAGCAACAAAUAACUGAGGAUCCACCACUAAGGCACUCAAGAAGUAACAAAAUUGGUGUCUUUAAUUCAUCCGGUGGAAAUCACUUGGGUCAGAAUUCAAGUACCCUUAAUGGUGGAGAUAUCAUCAAUCUUAGACCCAACAAACAGAGGACCAAGAAAAAUAGAAAUCCUUUUAGUAGCUGCAGCAUCCUCUAAAUAUUUCAGGGAGAAAACUUUUUUUUAUUGUGCAGUUCAGUAAGAAAUACAUCCAGCUGUCAUGGUAUAUCACAAGUGCUUUUGGAAAGCUUUGCUCCUAAUGAUUGUCUGAAAGUUGACAGACUUAGAUAUUGUUCUGUAGUACUCUUCAAAAAGGAGUAAGAUCUCUAGUGGAAAAAAUUACUGCCUGAUGGACUCUUUUAAAAAAUUUUUUUAUUAGACAAAGCUUCUAUUUUUUGAAGGAAUGUUGUUAACAAAUGUCAAAAACAGGUUUUGCCGAAUUUUAAAUUCUGGCAAACAGAUGCAAUGUCUGAAUAUAUUGAUACUGGUUUUAAUACUGUGGCUCCAAGAAGGAUAGAAAACAUUAUUUUUCUUUUUAUUGGUCAUCUAACUUUACAGGAAAAUAGUAUAGAUUAUGAAUACUUACCAAAAUAUAACACUGAAAAUGGUAACCCCUACAUCUUGCCAGACUGCAUUAGUAUUUUGGCAAUGUGACUUGUGCAAUAUCUGUAUAACAUGUAAUAUGGAUGUGUGCAUGCAGAUGGGAUUUGGUACUGAAGUAUCAUCUGGAGGUAUGAGCAGUAUUUAAGGAAACAUAGAAUCUAAUGAAUCCAUUCAUAAAACCAUUUAGACAUUGUGUGUAUGUGAAAAGUUUUUAUUUUCAAAUAAGAAAUUCUAGACAUAUAUUUUGCAAAAUGAGCUUGAAUUUUAAAAGAAGCGCUUUGUGCCAAAAAGUAUCGGACCUAAUUUUUACAGUGCUUUACUAUCAAAAUUUGUAUAGUUUGUAAUCUCUUUUAAAAGUAGCUUUUUUUCCCUCUCUCUCUCCCUCUCUCUCUUUGGCAGGGUAGGUAAAAGAAGACUAUAAAUGUUUUAAUACUAGAAUAUCUUCCCAGAUGAAACUUUUUGCAAAAUAUUUUUUGGUUGUCCAUCUGUUUUCUCAGUGAGGUUGUGCUGGUCAGAUUCCCUUUGAAGAUACAGCACGUCUACAGUUACUCCUUAUGUUCAGUGAAGUGUGGUGGUGGUGCAUCAAGCUGCUGACUGGAAAAUGCAGUUUUGAACUUAUAGAAUUAUGCUGACAGGUUUUUUUUAAUGCACAGAGAUGUCUUUUGUCUUAAACCACACUAUGGAUUUUAUAAUGUCUGACAAUUCCCAAGCAUCUUUUCCUUUACACAUUUUGUAUGGUAUUUUAAGGUUGUAACUUAAAAUUUCUGUAACCUUCAGUUUACAAAUCACUUUCUCAAGAGCUCGGUCAGCACUAGAUACAAGAUAAUUUCUGCUAAAGAAUCAUUUUAAUGUGUAGUCAUAUGGCAAAGCUUGCAUUUUGUGACCUGGGACAGUAGCCUUCCAACUAAGAUAAUUGCAUAACUAAGAUAAUGAACUCUGUUAAAACUGAUUAUCAUUUAUCUAUAACUUUAUUUUUAACCCCUUCCUGGAUUUUACAGGUUUUCAAAGUAUGUAAAAUUAAUUUUUCUUGAAAAAAUGUGUCAUUCUUUUAUUGUUUGUACUAAAUAUGUAUUAUAUAUAUAUAUAUUUUUUUUUUUAAGUCUUCCAUCUGUACGGUCCUUCUCACCCUGUCUAGAUGAAUAUUGAGAAUACAGAAAAAAAUUUCUGGUUCAUGCCCUUUAAGUAGUCAAGAGAGAAUCCUUUUCUUUUCAAAAUAUUGGAAUAAUCUGAUGUUAAUCUGAUGUUAUCUAUUUCAAAAUAAUAUAAAAAUGUAUAUUUUUAUGUCACCAUUUGUUGCCGCUCCCAUUGCUGGCAGUGGGAUAGGUGCUGGGGUGGGGGUAGGAAUCUCAGUUCCAGCUAUGUUGGGGAAAAUAGUCAGUUCCUGUUAGUGACUCAUCUUUUCUAUUCUCUUUAAUUUCUGCAUAAAAUAUAUUUUGCAGCAAAUAAUCAUACUGCCUUUAGUGCAGAAAAAAAUCACUUCAUAUCCUAUGUUAUAGUUCUGAGUCAUAUUAGUUAAGUGUGUGGGUAAAAUCUUGUACUUUUCUGUAUAAAAAAAGAUUACUUUUCUGUAAUCUCUGAUAAUGUUUGCGAUUUCCCUGAUGUUUGUUAUGUAAUUCUAUGUAUGUAGAUUUUGUUCUUUCUAUAACUGAAGAGGGGUUUUUGUUACACAUUUUAAUUUUUAAUUUGCACUGAUAUAUUUUAAACAUAACCAAAAUUAGUCAUUUUACACAAUUGAGUAUUCCUGAAAAUCAGCCUCAAAUGAUAUGUUAAAUACUUUCUGAUUUUAAUUAAUUCUAAAGCUCUCAAAAUUGAUAUUAAAGUUUUUUUCUCUUAA